AUGAAAUAUCCUGGUUCAUCAAAAAAGAGUUAUACAUUGGGUAUAUUUAUUGCAUCUGCAUUUGCUGUCCUUUUUUUAUUUGCUAUAAUUGGAGGUACUAGUUCAUCAAAUACAAAUGUUGUUAAAAAAGAGGUCAUUUCUUCACCUAAAUUUGGAUUAGACACUUAUUCAAGCGGUAUUGCCAAGAGAGGUGCUUUGUUCAAUGCAGUCAUGGUUGCUGGGUCAACUGUAUUUUUAGCUUUAAUUGAUACUGCUAAACAAAUAAGAAAUACAUUUUGUGGUGCUGGUCUUUAUCAAGAAGCAGCUACUGGUAAUCAUCAACCAGCAAGUGUCGUUAGAGUUGAAUGUGUUGUUUUUGCUUUUGUUCAUGCUUUAGGAAAUGGUGCUUAUGAGGCAGUCAGAAGUUAUGGUCAACAAAGUGGUUGGAGGUGGAUGUCUGGAUCAGGAGCUGCUCCAGAUAAAAGAGAUAUCUUAAUAGAAGCUAAUGAAUAUGGUUAUGCUGAUAUUAGUCAUUUAGUUUUACCUAAAUUAGAUUUUGCUUCCGAAUUCAAUUUAACUGAAGCCAUUCAUGGGACUGAUGAAUUUGGGUUGGUCAGUAUUAAUGCUUUAUUACCACCUAAUUCAACACAUACAACAAUUGCUGACAAUACAACUGUUUCAGCAUUUUAUGGUGGUUAUGGUAAUCAAAAGGGACGUGUGUUAUUGACAACUUUUGACUCAAUACAUACUGUUAUGAAUGGAUUUGUUGAUUAUCAUUUAAAUAGUAAAAGGGAAGGGGAAAAUGUUUUUGAAAAAAGAGAUUACGAAGUUGAUUGGGUUUCAUUUAAUUUUGAUGGUUUUAAUGCUGAUUUAUUAAAACAACAUUGGACUGAAAUGGACAAAGGUAGUAUUAUUAAUAGUCAAGAUGCAAUUGAAAACAUGGCUUAUUCUUUGUUAUCAUCGACUGGUUAUUCAGUUCCUGAAAAAAUUUGUGCUGCAUGGGGAGAGCUGAAUCAACCAGGUCAAAAUUCAAUCUUAUUGGGAGAAAACUACCUCAAUUCUUAUGGUGGAGUUGACGGUGAAUGUAACAAUUAUUAG